GGCCUAGCUAGGCCAUAACGGAUUUUGCCAAGGAACCAAACUUACCCUAGGUUAGAGGCAGGCGAAAGCGAUCCAACGGCCUCAGAAGACUCUUCGCUCCAUAUAUAACGUCCCAGCCUCCCAGGUAACCACCGCCGCGCACAAACCCUCCGCCCAGGCUAUGGCUUCCAUCGUGUCCAAGAUCGCGCGGGCAGCCUUCUCUACCCGCGCCUCCAAAGUUCGCCCUGCAGCCGCCAUCCGUGUCUCCCCUUCAGGAGGCCCACCCAUAGGCUACGAAAGACAUCUUUAUGUUGAUGAUAAUGCCAGACCCAUAGGCUACAAAAGACGUCUUUAUGUUGAUGAUAAUGCCCUUAAGUCGGAUGAAGCUAUGUGGGCCUUCUAUGAGCACUGGUGCAAGCAUCAUGGCAUAUCUCGUGAACGUCAUGAGAUGGAACGCCGGUUCAAGAAAUUCAGCGAGAGGGCAAGGGCUGUGCACAGUGCUGGUGGUGCGAGUGGCCCCAUGUCAUUGAACAUAUUUGCAGAUAUGACCAAGGAGGAGGCAGCUCUGCUAAUUGGUAAACCUAGAGGAAAAGGAAUUUCUCCUGUCCACUGGUCUAAAUCCUAAGCCCUAUAUGCUUCUGUAUGCCAAAACAUGCCUUAUCAAGCAGUACUAGCUUUGUUGUUGAACUCAUUUUAGCUUUAAUAAAAGCUAUAUUAACCUUAUUUGUAUGUAUAUUUCGCUUUGUUGUAUGAGCUCAGUUAUUAGCUUUAAUAAAGAAAUACCCCUGUUAUACUU